CUGUACCAUUUUUCUAGAUUCCACAUGUAUGCGUUAAAAUACAAUAUUUGUUUUUCUCUUUCUGACUUACUUUCUGACUUCCUUGAAUGUCCUAAUGUAGUUCUCUUCCCGACAUGGCACAAUCAAAAUGUUCAUAAUUUUCCUUCACUUUUAUUUUGUAACUUGAAGAAAAAUGGACAUUGCAAUUUUUAGUGUCCUCAGUUCCUUCAUUCAUGUUUAUUCAUUACAUGAUAUUAUCAUCCAAGUACUGUGAUAGGUGUUGUCACCAAACAAAAUUAUGACUUAGGAUUCGUGUUUAACAUUUUGCACAGAGAUUUGAUGUAAUUGUUCUGUACCUUUUCUAGCGAUUACAAAUGUGUUUCCCUUUCUAGGAAAUGUGCCUCUUUCCCCCCCUUCCCAUUAACACUUCAGUUAAGCUUGGAAGAAAGAUGGAGAAGAAGGGGGUGUCUCGGCCCCCAGCUGGGUUCCCUCACCGACCCUUAAGCAGAGCUCUAUUGCAGCAAUAACGCCAGCUUCCAGUACCUGUUUAUUUAUACAGUUUUAUCCCUGCUUGCCUGUCAUAGACAUGCUGUUAAUGGUCUUUAUAUCACUGGUACCUGACACAAAAGGUGGGCUCAACAGAUGCUUACUGAAUAAAUAAAAUGCCUUUUGCCUACUUCAUAAUGUCACCUAGGACACCCUCUGCCAACUUCACAAUGUUACCCAAGGCAUAGUUUUGCCUACUUCACAAUGUCACUUUCAACUGAUCCUGCACAGAAAUGGGGACUUCACAGGGGUUUUGGGGAUAUAUCUGGUUUCAGACCCGUCUGAAUCACUCGCCAGUGGUGGAUCCAGCCAAUGAAGAGAAAAGCAAACGAUCCAAAGUCUUGAGCCGCAGCCAAUGGAUUUAGGUUAAACAGCCUGAGAUGGAAGGGCACUAAUCCUGGAGUUAGAAGAACCAGUGAAGACCUCUCCAGAAUGGCGAAGAAUCGGAGCUGCGUGUAGGCAGGGGUAUGCAUUUCUCCACGGCCCAGGGGGUCUCCUCCCAGCUGCUGCAGACGAGUGGCCGGCCCUAGAGGCUAGCGGUGUGGACAUGAACUGAUUUGUUCCAGCCCUGGGCCGCCAAACCUCCCGAGGAGUGAGGAGAAAGCAGCACGUAGCCUCGGCAGGUCCCAGAAGUGCAGGAGGGCAACUGUCCCAGCCCUGCCCACAGGGCGCUAGAGGGUCAGAAAGGACCCGCCCUUCCCCGACUGGGGCCCAACAGGGCGAAGGUUGUCCUCAAGGCCACGUGAGGCUUCCUCGCCUCUAAAAGCCCCAAACAGGCCGGGCUCAUGAGAGAGGAAAGUUAAGGACGCCCCAAACUCUGCAUCGCUGCGCCCCGCUACCGGCCGCAGAACCGCUCUGCCAACAGCCGCCUAGUCCAGCCGAGCGGAGAUCGCGGCCGCCGAGCGAUGUCCCGCCGCAGCCCGGACGGGAGCCUCGGGCUGCCCUCGCCGCCGGCCCCGCUGCUGCUGCUGCUGCUGCUGGCCGCCGUGGUGCCGCCGGGCCUGGCAGGGGUCUACUAUGCAACUGCAUACUGGAUGCCUACUGAGAAGACAAUACAAGUCAAAAGUGUCCUAGACAGGAAUGGGGAUGCCUAUGGCUUUUACAAUAACUCUGUGAAAACCACAGGCUGGGGCAUCCUGGAGAUCAGAGCGGGGUACGGUUCUCAAUCCCUGAGCAAUGAGAUCGUCAUGUUUGCAGCCGGCUUUUUGGAGGGUUACCUCACUGCCCCACAUAUGUAUGACCACUUCACAAACCUCUACCCACAGCUGAUUAAGAAACAUUCCGUGGUGGAUAAAGUACAGGAGUUUUUAACGAAGCAAGAUCAGUGGGCCCGGGAUAACAUCAAAAAUAACAAGGAUGACCCAUUUUGGAGACACACAGGCUAUGUUAUGGCACAAAUGGACGGGCUGUAUGUAGGGGCAACGAAGAGGGCUAUAGUAGAAGGAACAAAGCCCAUAACCCUGUUCCAGAUUCAGUUCCUGAAUGCUGUUGGAGAUCUGCUGGACCUGAUUCCCACACUUUCUCCCACAAAAAACUCCGGCCUGGAGGUUUUUAAGAGAUGGGACAUGGGACAUUGCUCUGCUCUCAUUAAGGUUCUUCCUGGAUUUGAGAACAUCUUUUUUGCUCACUCAAGCUGGUACACGUAUGCUGCCAUGCUCAGGAUAUAUAAACACUGGGACUUCAACAUCAUUGAUAAAGACACCAGCAGUAGUCGCCUCUCUUUCAGCAGUUACCCAGGGUUUUUGGAGUCUCUGGACGACUUUUACCUUCUCAGCAGUGGUUUGGUAUUGCUGCAGACUACAAACAGCGUGUAUAAUAAAACCCUACUGCAGCACGUGGUACCCCAGUCUCUCCUGGCCUGGCAAAGAGUCCGGGUGGCCAAUAUGAUGGCAAAUGGAGGCAGGCAGUGGGCAGAGGUCUUUUCAAAAUACAACUCUGGCACGUAUAACAAUCAGUACAUGGUCCUGGACCUGAAGAAGGUAAAUCUGAACUACAGCCUUGAUAAAGGCACUCUGUACAUUGUGGAGCAAAUUCCUACGUAUGUAGAAUAUUCUGAACAAACCGAUGUUCUGCGGACAGGAUACUGGCCCUCCUACAACAUUCCUUUCCAUGAAAAAAUCUACAACUGGAGCGGCUAUCCAGUGUUGGUUAAGAAGCUGGGUUUGGACUACUCUUACGAUCUGGCUUCACGAGCCAAAAUCUUCCGGCGCGACCAAGGGAAAGUGACCGACAUGGAAUCCAUGAAAUAUAUCAUGCGAUACAACAAUUACAAGAACGAUACUUACAGUAAGGGUGAUCCCUGCAAUACCAUCUGCUGCCGUGAGGACCUGAACUCACUUAAUCCAAGUCCUGGAGGUUGCUAUGACACCAAGGUGGCAGACAUCUACCUGGCAUCCAAGUACACAGCCUAUGCCAUCAGUGGGCCCACAGUACAAGGCGGCCUCCCUGUUUUUCACUGGAGCCGUUUCAACAAAACUCUCCAUGAGGGCAUGCCAGAGGCCUACAACUUUGAUUUUAUUACCAUGAAACCAAUUUUGUAACUUGACAUAAAAAGGAGGGAGAUGAGACACCAAGGGCACUAUUUUAACUAUGUUUUCCCAUUCAGAAUUAGUCUUAAUAAAAUAUAUUCAAUCCAGGCUAUCACUUUCA